GAAUCCGUUCUUGGAACAUCGACAUUCAGUCCUGUGACCUGAAUCAGCAACUGCAACUCUUUGUAACUAGACAUCUGGCUCAGUUUUCUUCAGAAGUCAAAGGGCAAAGAAUCCUCCAUCACCGGAGUGAUACCCUGGAGACAGUGAUCCUAGUAAAUCCCGAUGUGGACAGCGUUGUGUCUGAGGUCCGUUCACUGGUGUGUGAUUCAUCAGCGCACAAACUACUGAUCCUCUGUGGUCAGAGCUCAGACCAGGAAGGAGACCUGAUCCUGCAGACAGGAACCUUCACCUACCAGAAUUUUGCUGAGAUCCUUUCAGACACUGAGGUCACCCAGAUUCUUAGCAACACCGAUUCAGAUACCAAGGCCUCCCUUACUGUGUCGUGCUUGGGAGAAGGAGACUGGAACAACCUUGGGCAUCCUCGAUUUCAGGAAUUUAUUAAUCUGAGACUGAAUCCUGAUCCGAUUCUGCCAGAAAUGGAUGGGGUGUCAGAGUUUGCAGAAUACGUCUCUGAGACAGUUGAUGUGCCGUCUCCUUUCGAUCUCCUGGAGCCACCCACCUCAGGGGGCUUUUUGAAACUCUCUAAACCCUGCUGCUACAUAUUCCCUGGGGGAAGAGGUGACUCUGCUCUCUUUGCUGUCAAUGGAUUUAACAUCCUUGUGGAUGGUGGCUCUGACAGGAAAUCUUGCUUCUGGAAGCUGGUGAGGCACCUGGAUCGGAUUGACUCAAUCCUGCUCACCCACAUUGGUGCAGACAACCUCCCUGGCAUCAAUGGGCUGCUGCAGAGGAAGGUUGCUGAGCAAGAGGAGGAACAAUCCCAGGGCUCUACCAACUACAGUGACUGGAUGAAGAACCUAAUUUCUCCUGAGCUAGGAGUGGUUUUUUUUAAUGUUCCUGAAAAACUGAAGAUGCCUGAAUCGUCCAUGAAGGUAAAGAGGAGCAUCGAAGAAGCCUGUCUGACUCUGCAGUAUCUCAACAGGCUGGGCAUUAGGGCAGAGCCUCUCUACAGAGUGGUGAGCAAUACCAUCGAACCCAUCACGCUUUUCCACAAAAUGGGAGUGGGUAAGCUGGACAUGUAUGUACUGAAUCCUGUCAAGGACAGUAAAGAAAUGCAAUUUCUGAUGCAGAAAUGGGCUGGUAAUAGUAAAGCAAAGACUGGCAUAAUUCUUGCAAGUGGGAAAGAAGGUGAAAUUUCUGUUCCCUAUCUCACAUCCAUCACAGCCCUGGUGGUGUGGCUCCCAGCUAGUCCGACAGAGAAAAUUGUGAGGGUUUUGUUUCCUGGAAAUGCUCCUCAAAAUAAGAUACUGGAAGGUCUUGAGAAACUCAAGCACCUGGAUUUUCUGAGGUACCCAGUGGCUACUCAGAAAGAUAUCACGUCUGGAAUAGCGCCACCUGUGCUGAAGCAGACCAAAAUUAAACAAAGAACUGACAGUAAAGAGAGUCUUAAAUCUUCCUCCAAGCCGUCUGUGACAAAGCAAGCUAAGAAAGAAGAGGUAGUUGAGGAGGGGACUAAGGAGGUAAAACCAGAAGCCAUAAAAGAUGCUAAGAUUGAGAAAAAGGUCAAAGAACACGCAGAGAAAAUUCCUGAGAAACCUGCUAAACAUGAAAAGAUAAAGACAGAAACAAGCGAUGCUCUUAAAGCUGAGAAAAGAAAAUUGGCAAAAGACAAGGUUGGCAAAAAGCAUCUCAAAGACAAAGUAUCCAAACUGGAGGAGAAGAAAGACAAAGAAAAGAAAGAGAUUAAGAAGGAGAAAAAGGACUUAAAAAAGGAUGAUGGAAAGAAAGAGGAAAAAAAGGAUUCAAAGAAAGAGGAUAAAAAGAGAGAAACCAGACCAGAGGCCAAAAAAAAUUCGAAACCUGACUUAAAACCAUUUACCCCAGAAGUAAGAAAAACAUUGUACAAGGCAAAAGUUCCAGGCAGACUCAAAACUGAGAAGGUGAAAGUCAAUACUGAAAAGGAAGCACCUGCUGACCUGAAGACAUCAGUGAUGGAGAAGGCACCUGGACAGGUGGAGCCAGGAGAGACUUCCAUAGCUGAACAGAGGUUAGUCCUGUCUUCACCAGAAGAUCUUACAAAGGACUUUGAGGAACUGAAGCACGAGGAGGAAGGGGCCUUGCAGGUGACUCAAGAAAUGUCUGAUAUUGAGGCUAGUGAUAAGGUUAUGAGAGCACCUGAAACGGAGAUAAAAGACUCUGUUGACAUGAUUACUCAGAGUUACCUUGAAGCAGCUCUGAUUUUGGAAACAAAGAUUCCUACUACUGAUGUGGAAAAAGAAUCACCAGCAGAGGAAAAAGCAGUCCACCAGCUUGAGCAGAGGGCGGGUCAUGCUGAGAAAAUAGAAGAUGAAAGAAGAACAAUAGAUGAAAAUCGUGACAUGAGAUCCUGGGUGGGAGAACCUGAGCAGGACAAGGAAGUUCAGCAGUUUCCAGACAAAGAACUUGUACUAUCACAGAUAGACUGCCUAGCAAAAGAUGUUCUGUCAUCAGCGUUCAGAGAGGGAGAAAAGGAAGAGGAGAAAAUCUCUUUGGACAGAAAACAGAGGGAAGCAGAAACAAAGACUUGUGAAAAGUAUAUUGAAGAGACAGAGGCACAGGAGGAGGGUGAGAAGGAAAAGACGGAGGACGUGAUAGAAAAGGCAGAACUGGAAGAAAAGGAAGAACAGCACAUGAAGGCUGAGGAGAAGGUGGAAAAGCACAGCGACUUCUGUGAGCUGAAUCAGGAUGAGAGGGAGGACAAAACAUUUACCACUAUAGAAAAGAAAAAAGAAUUCGGUGUUGUGGAUGAGAAAGACAAGUUACUUGAAAAGGGUGUAACAAAGGAAGAGUCGUAUCUGAGCAGUCUGCCAGUUCCACUAGGAGCAACAGCAGAUCAUGUUUCAUAUAUCCAAGAUGAAACAAUCCCAGGCUACUCAGAAGCAGACCAGACCAUUUCUGAUGAAGAAAUACAUGAUGAACAGAGAGAGAAGAACAAGUUACUUGUAAAGGACAUAACAAAAGAAGAGUCAUAUCUGAGCAGUCUGCCAAUCCCACCAGGAGCAAUAGCAGAACAUGUUUCAUAUAUCCAAGAUGAAACAAUCCCAGGCUACUCAGAAACAGAACAGACUAUUUCUGAUGAAGAAAUACAUGACGAACAGGAAGAGAGGAUCCCUCACUUGAAGUAUGACGUCAAUGCCUAUAACAUUUCUGUUCCUGACCACCCGGGCUCUUUUGAAGCAGUACAUGGGAUACAGGCCAUGCCUCCUGCUGACCUUUCAGCCAAGGGCUAUGCUGGCCAGGAGUCUGAAAUCCUGGCAUAUCCUACAAACAUUGUGGCAGCACCUCUAGCUGAGGAGGAACAUGUAUCCUCUGCUACCUCCAUUACAGAAUGCGAUAAGCUUUCAUCUUUUGCAACUUCAGUAGCGGAAGAUCAGUCUGUUGCAUCUAUAACAGCACCGCAAACAGAAGAGACUGGGAAAAGCUCUUUACUUCUAGACACAGCAAACAGCAUGCCCUCCUCUCGGACUGAAGCAACCCAAGGUCUCGACUAUGUGCCCUCCGCUGGCACAAUCUCUCCCACAUCAUCCUUAGAGGAAGACAAAUGUUUUAAAUCUCCACCCCCUGAGGAUUUCCAUGUGUUAGCAGAAGGAGAGAGAAAACUGGAAGCUCAAAAGAAGGAUCUUCACGAAGAGGCAGAAGAUGAAGAGGAAGAAGAUGAUGGGACUCCAAAUAUUGAAAUGCCUCAGAAACUCAGAGGGCAUUACAGUGCCCCCAUAUUUGCUCAUCAAGGCUGUCCUGAUAAUGUGUUGAUCAGUGUUCCCACAGAAGUGAUGCAAAAUUCUGGUCUGCCGUUAUCCACUGAAGAAACAUCAUAUUCCCAGGUUGACUCUGCAGAGGCUGAAGAGCGAUGCAUGAGUCCUGAUGACAGUACAGUCAAAAUGGCCUCUCCCACCCCAUCUGGCCCCACUAGUGCAGGACACACACCUUUCCACCAGUCUCCAGUGGAGGAAAAACUGGAAACAGUAGAUUCAGAUCUAUUUGAAAAGCAAACAGAUGCUGCGGCCAAGAAGUUGGAAGGCCAAACUUCUGUUGUGGUGAAGGGAGCCAAGGGUGAACCUCUCAGAGAAGAUGAGGUAUCUAAAUACAGACAUGAAGAAGUGCCUGGACCUGUACAGCACAAGCUGGGCUUGGGCAGUGAUGUUCCAGUGUCUCCUGGGGAGGAGGUGCAGGAGGCACCAGCGGAGAAGGAGGAGCUGCCCUGGCUCUCCUACCACAAGCAGGACACAGUGAUAAUAGGGGAGGAGGAGGAGCGACCUGCGCUGCCCCAUCCCAGCACAGAUGUGUUUCUGGAGCCAGAAAAAGAGCAAGGGACUAAAACCAUGACAGAAAGUUUAAUGGGAUUUUCAAAACACUUGUCCUUUGAGCCAUUCUCUACCACAGAAACAUCUCUAAGAAAUGUGGAUCCUCCGCAGUUCACAAGCCAAAUCAAAUCUGAAAGUGAUAAAUCUCCACAGUUUUCACCGGAUGACACCAAAUCACUUUCUAUUACAGAAGAAAGUAUUGGUAAAGAAAAAUCCUCAGCUAUUUCUGUUAAGGGAGUGGUCACUGAAGAAGGAAAACUGCUGUAUUUCACAGGAGACACCUCAGAAGAAGAAAAAUCUUCUCAUGUUUCCAUUAAGGAUAUUUCUCCAGAAGAGACCAAAUCCAUUUCUCUCACUGAGAGUCCCAGCAAGGAAAUUUCUUCAGACCUUUAUGUUAAAGGAGUCUCUCCAGAAGACAUCAAAUCUCUUAGUUUCAUGGAAGAGAUGCCUGCAAAAGAAAAAACUAUGUCUGACUUUACUGACAAAUUCCCUUCAGAAGCUAUGAAAUCCAUGGAUUUCAUGGAGCAGAGCCCAGCUACAUAUGAAAAAUCACUGAAAAUUUCUGCCAAAGAACUCACGGAAGAAGUGUCAAAAUCUUUCCCUUGCCCAGAAUUUAGCUCAGUUAGAGACACAUCACCCAGAGAUACUUCAACUGAAGAUAUGUCUCCAGAUGACAGCGGUUUAUAUUCUGCAGCAGAAAAGGGACCAUUUAGAAUGAGAACUGCAGGUCUGGACUCUCAGGAAGUGUCUCCAGAUGCAAAAGGCUUACACUUUCCAGAAUCAAGCUCAACUGAAGGUAAAACAUCUUCAGACAUUUCUGCUGAAGAUGUAAAAUCUUGUAGGUUCAAGGAAGUUCAGGAAGAAAAAUCCCCAGAAAUGGAAGACUUUUACAUCAAAGAUUUAAGUUAUGAGAAGAAAGUGUGGUUUCCAGAAGAGGUGGAGGAGAUCCCUGUGCAGGGAAGGUGGCAUAGGUAUGAUAAAGAGAGAGAGAGCGCAUUCUUGGAUGAGGUAGCAGAAUAUGAAACAAAAUCCCUUUCUAAAAUGGGAGAGGAGGAGAUCCUGUCUCCUGCAGCACCUGGCAGUCAAACCUGGAGAAGAGCAGAAGGUGAAGCCUGGGGCUCUGCAUUUGCGUAUCUUCCAGAUACUGGAAGAGGAGGGCGGAUGCCCAGUGAGGAGGAGGAUCUCCGUUAUGCUGAAGACAAACCUGUGCUACUGCAAGCGGAAGCUGAAUGUUUAAAGAUGGAAUCAUGUGAUUACAAAGACGACACUCAGAAGAGUGCCAAACCUACAUCAGAAACUAAGAAAGCGGAAAUAGUUCCUGCUGACAUCACUCUUCCAGAAAGAACACAGAUGGAAAGUUUUCCUCUGUCUUCUCGAUGUGUCUCUAGUGAGGAAAAUCAGGCCAAUUCAGAAACUGGAAACAAAGAAAGGCAAGAAUUGUCGGCGUCUAAACAAGAUUCCACCUACCUGGAUGAUGAGGAGAAAGCUGUCCUAGAUAUCUAUGGAAAGUCACUAGACCAAGCACUGAUGGCAUCUCCCAUGCCUGUAACAGCUACCACUCUGGAAAGGGAGAUGGACGCAGCACCAGAAACAGAAAGGCCUUACAAAUUAGAUCAGUGCAAGUCACCUCUACAGGAGGUAGUUACAUUGAAGGACACAGAGAAGAAAUCAGACAUCAGUGGUUUGUAUCAGGAAACAGACUGUAAAUACAAGUCAGAUAGAAAGCAAGAGGAUGACUGCAAAUCCACUGAGGGUCUUCAUGACUCUACAGGAAGGAAAGAGCAGGUGGCAGCAGCACCUACUCUUUUGCAGUCUACAAGACCAGCAGGACAUGAAUAUAUAGCAGCAUCUCCAGAAGAAAGUGCUGCAGUGUCUGGGCAGUGUGCACACUCCCCUCUAGGACAAGGCCAUUUUCAGAAAAGCAGUGCUGCCAUGGGCCAUGCUGAGGCUGUGGGUUCUGCCAGCCCAGCAGCGUAUCCUCCAGACACCUAUUCCAGUAGCUUCCCCGAGCCCUAUUCCUAUGAGGAAGGGGUCUACAGACCUAGUGGUGAUGACAGUUCUACAAGGCAGGAGCAAGAAGAAAGAGAACCAACUCCCUACCCUGAUGAAAGAAGUUUCAAGUAUGCUGACAUCUAUGAGAAAAUAAUUGUGUCUGGAAUUGGACCCUCCCCCUUCACAGCCAAGGGUGCAAACAGCCAAGGUCACACUGACAAGGUGCCAGCAACAGCACUGAUCUCUCCAAAACAUCAAAGCUUUCACAUCUCUGCAAAGGAAGAAGAGUCCUGCCUUUACACCUCUGCUGAGAAGGAGCUGUCAUCCCCGGCAUCCCCCAAAGAUAAAGCAGAUUCAGCCUUUGACUAUGCAGGCAUCCAUGAAAGAUUCCUACCCUUGUCUGAAACAGAUAAGCUUAGGAUAUCUGAAGGACAGGAGAAACUGAAGCUGUCUUCUACUUUGCCAGAACUGUACUCUGAACGGCACCUAUCAUCUGCCAGCACAGCAUUUGCCUCUCCCACGGACAGGACUGACACAUUUUAUCAGGAAAAAUCAGCUGCCUAUAUUGAUGCUGCUCGUCCAGAUGAGAACAUCCUUUUGUCCAACCAGGAGCAGGUAACUCUGUCCCUGAAAUCUGAAGGCCCAAAGCCCAGAGAUAUGUACUAUGAGAAAGCAGGUCGUGGGGAAGAAAGCAUGAGUGACUCAGAGUUAGAAAAAGGCGCUAAGGAGACAUCUGAAAAGGAGUCUAAACUGCAGAGCCCCGCCGAAGCUUCAGGCUCAGUCUAUGCACACAUCUCAGCAACGGACCGGUUCUGCCUACCAGCACCCCUUCUGCAAAGCAGGCGUCAGGAGUCCAUUUCACUCACAUCUACUGCCUCUUCACCUUCUGAUCCAGGGUGGAAAGAGGAAUACGCAUGUACGGAAACCACAUCAGCCACUGCCCUGGGGACAUAUGUCACUGGUUACAGCGAUCUCCCAGACAGCAGCAGAGAGGAGCAGUCCUCGGGAAUGUGCCACUUAAGACAUGAUUCUUUGCAGAAGGGAGAAGUUGCUGAAAAACCCACAAAGGAAUCGCAUUUCAGUGUGACAAAUUAUGUAGGUGCAGCAGUGGUCUCGGAGUGCCAAGAGCAAGCUGUAUACUUGAAAUCUGCUUCUGGGGAACAGGAAGGGGCGUACGAAAAGGGUCCAGCAGUAGAGAGCAGAGUGAUGGAUAGCUCGUCUGGAUUUGAGUGCUCCCUGCUAAAAAAGAGUGCAACAUCCAGUCUGUUCAGACAUGAGCAAAACUCAACAAGAGGGGAUAUUUCUCUUUCUUUAAAGGUUCCUUGUGCUCUGCCCUCAGACCAGGGGAAGAAAGAUGAGUACUUAGAGGUUUCUGAGAAGAUCAGCAGCCUUGACUCAUCUUUUACUAAAUUCUCACCGCUGAGUCCCCGUGAAGAAGAUAAGUUGUUCUCCAGAGUGGUGGAAAGAGAGUCUGUGCCCCAGCAGCAGCUGAGAGAUGACUCUUCCAGCCUGUCAGAGGAACCUUCAUCUGAAGCUACUACUCCAGUGAUGCCGACCACAGCAGAAAGUUUCUACUCCCAUGCGCUUUCCACAUACACAGGUGCAGGAGCAGAACUAGGUACCCGGAGUCCCUGGGAUGUGUCUCCACAGAUUCUAGAUAAUACUGAAACACACACCGCUGAAACCAAAGACUUUGGGUUUGCUGAAGAACACGCUUCUCCAUUCACAAGUGGCACAGGCAACAGCAUUUCACUGAGCAGAAAGGAGUGCCAGGGUUCACAGCCCACACCGUUCUCUGCAGAGAAACAGCGGUCACCCUGCAUGAGCAGUCCAGAGCAGAAGGCAUCAUUUGCAGAACAGCUUAUGACACUGACAUCUCUCCCUGAUGUGCUGAUGUCAUUUCCUCAUCAUCAGCAUGAAGAUGAAACCACAGCCAAUGGUCCAACAGAGGUGAGCACCAGCCUGCAAGCUUUCCAAAGUACAUACCAUGCAGCAGAGGCAAAAGAUGAAAAAACAUGUCCUGAUUCUGACAGCGGUUUUUCUCCAUGUGCAGGCAAAGAGGACACAGAGGGGCAGAGCCGUCCUUCCUCUCUGAUGUCCCCUGAACACAGUUUCCAGCCCUUUUUUCCAGGUGUGCAGAGGGGUGGAAAAACAGAGGAGCACGGAGAUGCUUCCCAUGAGAUGCAGCCACAUUUAGGAGGCAGUUUUGAUUGUGGGCAGAAGUUUUCUUCAUGUGAAUACAAGCACAGGAAGGGAGAGCUCUCUCCCUCGUUCAUCAACCCGAGCCCUCAUGAGCUCUCUGAAGACAGUGACCUCUCUCAGGAGGAUGGUCAUCCUUCAGUGCAAGGAAGACCACCCCACACUGGCAGUAGCCCCAUGCAAAGUGCCACCGUGGAGGAAACCCCUCCAACAUCAGUGAGUGAUUCUGGAACUUCCCAGUCAGACUCAGAUGUCCCACCUGAGACAGAAGAAUGUCCGUCCAUCACAGCAGAUGCUAACAUGGAUUCAGAUGAAGAUGCCGAUUUCCUCCCAGUGGACAAAGCUGUUGGGAAUGCUCAUCAUGCCAGUUCUAGGUCCAGCCAUGAUCCUCAGCCUGUUCCAAUGGUAGAUCCCCAUCCCCAUCCUCCUCACCCCGAUGUCUGCAUGGUAGACCCUGAUAUGUUGGUAACUGAGCAGGGCAUGAGUAGAACUGAUAAAAUUUCAAAGAAAGAAAUAAAAGAAAAGAACAAAGGUGUGAGGAAGCCUUUGAGCAAAACCAAAUCUUCCUCGCCUGCCCGGAAAUUAGAUGCGAAAGGGAAACGAUCGCCCACUCCUGUGAAACAGCCAUCGGACAAAUCUCAAAAAUCUAUCACUGCCAAAAAAGAAAGAGAGGGAGGAGAGAAGAGCAAACCACGCAGUACACUGGUGCAGCCUCCUCACACAGAGGAGGAGUUAUCCCGGAGUGGACACAGCAACCCUGGCAAGGGCCUCGUUAACGGCAUCAAAACAAACUCCGCUUCCAGUAGUUCUAAAAGCAGUUUACCUGUGCCUGUGGGUCCACCUGUCUAUGUGGACUUGGCAUACAUCCCCAACCACUGCAGUGGGAAGAACACUGAUCCGGAGUUCUUCAAGCGAGUUCGAGCAUCGUAUUACGUUGUGAGUGGGAACGAUGCAGCCAAUGGAGAACCAAGCCGUGCAGUGUUGGAUGCGCUUCUGGAAGGGAAGUCUCAGUGGGGGGAGAACCUGCAGGUGACAUUGAUCCCAACACAUGAUACUGAGGUGACACGAGAAUGGUACCAACAGACCCAUGAGAAACAGCAGGAGCUAAACAUCAUGGUACUAGCAAGCACCAGCACUGUUGUGAUGCAGGAUGACUCUUUUCCAGCCUGUAAGAUCGAAUUCUAAAUCUCCCAUACUUUGCGUUCAUCCAUUGACUCUCCAGUCACCGAUGCAACAUCAGAGACACCAUCAAUCACAGUCCAGUUCUUCUCUGGUUUAGUCCUCUACAUGGUUCCCAUUUGUCAGGCAAUCGGGUAUCCAUCUAGCUCAGCACUGGAUGCCAUGAGAAAGAAGUGCAGGGCUCUGUAAUAUUCUGGACUGAGCUAAGAGUUUGUGCAAGAGCAGUUGCAGGCCAGGGGCACUUCACUUUCCCUGCUUUAUUCUGCUGCCUGUACAGUUUCCGUAGACUAUCUUGGCUGCCUUGCUGCUGUGAGAGCUUGUUCUACUCUCUUCCUGGCUGCCUUGCCAUUUAACCUGUAGCACCAUGAACCUUGUCUUUCUGGUGAGGGCCGAGGUGCUGCUGCUGCAUGACGACAGUGCAUGGGGGGCAGGGGGGCAGAGAAGAAAACUAAUUUACAAAGAAAAUGCAUCUGGGAGAUGAGGGGAGGUGAAACCCUCCAACCGUAACAUGACAGUGAAGGUCAUUCUUCCGUCUCCCAUCCUGAACAUACGGGUGGUGGUCUGAGCAAGGGGACCUGUGCUCCAGCUAGGCAGGACCACUGUAUGCCAGCUCCCAUGUAUUUGGUUGUGGCAUCCUGCAAUAUCUGCUCGCUAUGCUCCAGGAGCUGGGAUGAAGGAGGGAGGAUUCAGCCUUGUGUUCUUUGCUACAAAGAGCACAUUCCUAACCUGCUAACUUGAGCUUUGCACACACAGAGUGGCCAGGUUCCUCCCGCACUUCAGCGGCGUGACAGCAGGAGGCACAGAGGGGUUGGUGCCUCAACAGUCACACAAAAAAGAGUUUCCAAACGCACAACUACAGCCCUCUCCAAAGCCAAAGGGCUGAAACAACCCUGGCUGCUGUUGGCCUAGGAUAUCCAAGCAGCCUGCCUGUCCUUGUAAACCAAAGGCUUGCGUGAGUAUUGUGGCGAGGCUGCUGAGGGACCUGCAUGCCAUACUGAGAGAGGCUGGCGUCUGGCCGGUGCAGCUGGUGCAUGCCAGCCCUGUGAGCAGCAGCAGCUCCCUCACUGCAAGCCUCUGAGCUGUGUUUGAGCUUUUUGUUGUCCCUGUAAGUGUCUAGGAUGCGGGGAAUAGCACCUGUAGUGUAAGGAAAGAGAACCUCCUUCCAAAAAUACUUUGGGAAAAUAGUUUAGUAAGCAUAGUUGCUCUUAGUUCCCCAGCCCCGUGGCAGGGACAUGCAUACCCUGUUGCCAGCACAGGCGAGGUGCUGUGCACACCUUGCAGCUCACAGCCUGUUGCAAGCACACCUCCCACGAGCACACGUCCAUACCCUCUGGCCAUCCUGGCAGAAGUGUUGCUGUAUGCAGCGAGUGCUUCAUUGCUACAGAACAGCCAUUCAGGCCUGCUUGGUGCGCACACCCUUCUGGCUGUGGGGCUCCAGAGUGUUGGUGCUUGGGUGUGCUGAGCCUGCAGCAGCAGGGAGAGCAUUGCAAGAGCAUCACAUCACAAAAAUGGCUGUUAUCUUUCUGUGAGACAGAGAGCAGCAGUAGGGUGUGCUCUGCGGGAGAGAUGAGACAGAACACAAUGCUGCAAGGCUGGACAUGGAGCUCAGUGGUAUUUCCAUCUGCUGUGCCACUCACCGUGCUUGGCGCUGAGCUGAUGUCUGAUUCCAUAAUAAGCAUCCAAGGACCCUGUGUUGUGCUUGCCUGGGACACUUCAUUCUCAGUGCUAAUUUUCUGGCAGUCAACAAGAAGAAAAUGCUUAGAAACCUAUGCCUAGGACUAAAAUGGAGUUUCUAGGGAAAUGGUUCAUUUUACAUUUAAUUUAUAUAUUUAUUUUUUUUUAUGUGAAGCUGCAUUUUGUGUGGCUUUAAUAUUUUAAUUUAUUCAUGUUAACAUGACACCAUGUGCUCUUAGUGUCAGUUCAGAGGUUUCUCAGUAAAAAUACUUAGAUGCUGCAGUUUAAACAACAACAUAAAAAGGACCAUAGAGAACUUGCUGGCAGCGAAAGGGCUCUCUGCUCGCAGCCUGUAAGGCCGUGUCUAAAACCCAGCAGGUGCAGGACAGAGCCCGACGCCAGCAGCCGCUUCCCAGGAGCAGCCAGCUGUUUUGACACAACCGUUGUUAGGAGCGUGCGAGCUUACUCGGGGAUUUAGCAAAUCCCUGCCCUGUGCUGUGUUCAUUUUACCCAGCUGCCAAUGGGAGCAGCUGCCAGCCAGCGCAGGCGUGGGACGCCGGGCUCCAGACACGAGUGCCCAUUGUUGAGUUGCUCCCGGGAUCCCUGCACAUGGCUAGGUAUAAAAGCUAAUGCACUAAUUUUAGAUAGACCCACACAUGAAUGUUUUCUCAGUUUUAAACUUGAAGCAAUUCUGACCAAGUGGCAGCGAUAGUGAGGCUUUGCAAGGUGCCUGCAUCGUCCGACAGGUGUGCGGUCACUGCUGCGUGUUCAGGAACAGCACCUGCCCCCUGCAGCCGUGCUGCCUGGACAGCUUUAUCCUACUCCAGUUUGCUUCCCUGUUCUCAAGGCUCCACACUAUUUUUAAUCUUUUGUGGCAGUCUGAUCUGCCUUCAGCCUCUUUCCCUCUUAUUUGUCUUCCUCCCCUCCCAAUCUUAAAAAAAAUUACAGGGAAAAAGACUUGUAAAACCGCCAGUUUGUAGAGUCUGACCCUGCACAGCCUACAGGAGCCAGCAGGACCCAUCCAGAGCCAGAGGUAAUGCAACACUAUAGAGAGAAACAGUUAAACUCUGCUUUCGCUUGUUUCUGCAUGUGGGCAACAACGUGUAAUCUUCCUGUAUGUAAUAGGUACAAAGAUACUAUUCUAAACCUAUAAUUAAAAAAGUGAACGUCUUAACUGUAUUGAAAUGGCAACUUGUGCUCCUAGCUUCUUCUAUGCUAAAUGUUCUAAGAACAGAGCCCUGAUUCUUUUCUUCAGCAUCAUGUUUCUAUCUGAAUUUAGUUCCUUCCGUUCUGUCCUUUCCAUGUGAAACACUCUGUAACCGCUGUCGAGAGAGGAGCCUGACACAUUAACAAUAAAGCCACAAGAACACU